GAAGGAAACCCUCAAGGGUACGAUCGUCAAAGCGUUGAAGAGAGGGCAGCGGGGUAAUUAUCGAAAAGAUUUGAAUUCAGCGAAGGACGGUCUGUCAUGCACGCUGCCGGAUGAAAACAAAAAGUAAUAAAAGCAAAUAAAGAAAGAAUACAAAAGGAAAUCCCGAUCGCAUUCAUUCAUAACGACACCGAGCCCCAAAAUACCGCGCUUUUAAUGCAUAACCGAAGCACUCCAAAAAAUUCAAACCCUAAAACCCUAUCACUUCACUGUUCUCUGCAGAUUCUGUACUCAUACGAUCAAGGAAAACUCCUCCUGUUUCAAAAUUUCCGCCAAGUUCCAACCUUUUUCUCACUUUCGUCUGUCGGAAUCGGUUGCCGGGCUUUAGCCGGUGGAGAACGGGCCUGAGUCAACCAGAAGGGGGAGAUAGUAGAACCUAUAGACGGAGUUAAACCUGGAAAAAGGUUAUUGAGAAGGUGGGUUUUCAUAAAUUCAUUCUCUUUUUUCUCGUGUCCUGUAAUUUGUUGUUGGAUAGGACAAAUCUGAGAUACCCACUUCUUCCUUUGUGUUAUUGGGUGUACUUUUUUUUGGUUGAGAAUGGAGAGUUUGGCCACUUAACUUUCUUGGUCCAAUUUGGGUUUAAUCAAUUGUGGGGUUUCUGUUGUUUCCUUGGUACGCUUUUGUCGACGUUGAAGCUUGUAGUUGAUUUCAAACCGCUUUAUGGCAGGUUUGUUGAUUAUGUUUCUUUUGGGAUCCAGGUCCGGCAAUGGGUGGUAGAAAUCUGAGUCCAAUUUUAAAGAGAGAGUUAGCAAAUCUUGACAAAGAUGCUGAUAGUAGAAAAUCAGCAAUGAAGGCGUUGAAAUCCUACGUCAAAGAGAUGGAUUCAAGGGCAAUCCCGCUGUUUCUCGCCCAAGUUUCGGAGACCAAAGAAACUGGUUCCAUAUCUGGAGAAUACACCAUCUCCCUGUAUGAAGUCCUCGCCCGUGUCCAUGGACCCAAAAUUGUCCCUCUCAUAGACACCAUCAUGACCACAGUCAUCAACACACUUUCAGCAAAUGGAGUGUCUUUCCCUCUCCAACAAGCCUGCUCGAAAGUGGUCCCUGCAAUCGCUCGAUAUGGAAUUGAACCAGGAACCCCUGAGGACGAAAAGAGGCGCAUAAUCCAUUCACUCUGCAAGCCACUUGUUGAAGCUCUUUUGGCCACUCAGGAGUGUCUCAGUUCAGGGGCUGCACUUUGCUUGAAGACGCUUGUGGACUGCGACAACUGGAGAUUCGCCUCUGAUGAGAUGGUGAACAAAGUUUGCCAGAAUGUUGCUGUUGCUCUUGAGGAGAAGUCGAUUCAGUCGAAUUCUCAUAUGGCAUUGGUUAUGUCUUUGUCGAAGCGUAAUGCUUUGAUAGUCGAAGCUUAUGCUAGAUUGUUGAUUCAAUCAGGAUUAAGAAUCCUGAAUAUUGGUGGUUCUCAGGAUUGUGGUAGUAAUUCACAGAAGAGGCUCUCAGCAAUUCAGAUGGUGAAUUUCAUGAUGAAGUGUUUGGAUUCUAGAAGCAUAGUCUCGACCCUUGGAUUGAUCAUGGAGGAGAUGGAGAAGUGUCAAUUUGAUCAGAUGGCUUAUGUGAAAGGAGCUGCUUUUGAAGCUUUGCAGACUGCUAAGAAGAUUUCGGAUGAAGGGUUGAAGUUGGACAAGAGUUCUGGUUCUGGUUCUGUCACAGGGUCUGAUAGCUUUAGCAGGAGAGAUCAGAGAAGAAGAGGGAAUUUUUCUAGUACCCCGGAAUCUCAGACGCUUGCCUCGUUUAUGGAUUACGAAUCAAUGAUUGAUUCGCCUCUAUCCAGAACUCCCAUUUCUCGUGCUGUGGAGUAUGACUGUGAUGGGAGUGAGUUUGACCGGAAGAGUGUGACUCGUAAAUUAUGGAGUCAUGAGAAUGGAGGAGUUGAUGUGUCUCUGAAAGAUGGUUUGUUUACAGAACUUUCUAAUGGAGGUAAUACCAUCAAGAAUUCCUCUUUUGGUCAUGCUAGGCGACAUAGCUCGACUGAGAAUGGAGAUCAUCAUGAAGGGGAGUUUUCAGGCUUCAUGCCAAAGACUCCACAAAAUGCAGUUGCCAGGAGCUGCACUCCAAGCCCCCAGAUUUCACGUUCUCACCUGAAUGUUGACAACAUCAACAUGUUCACCAGCCCAAGGAAGCUCAUACGCUCUCUCCAGGAUGUUGAUUCAGAAUCCUACUCAAGAGAAAGCAGGAGGUUCAGGAGUCACUGUUCCUGCCAAUAUGAAAACAGCCCAACUUCAAAGCUCAACCAAAAUGGGGUUCUCCGCCAUCAUAAUGUUUAUGCAUCUGCUGUGAAUGGAGAGUCGUACGCUGGUGGUGAGGGGAUGUAUCAAGAUGUCGAUCCAACUUCAAAGCUCAACCAAAAUGGGAUUCCUCGCCAUAACAAUGGCUAUGCAUAUGAUGAGAAUGGAGAGUCGUAUGCUGGUGGCGAGGAGAUGUAUCAGGAUGUCGAUGAAUCGGUUUCUUCAACAGAGGAUGUUCCUCCAGUAGAUGCAGAUCAAGUGGCAAACCUGGUGGUUUCAGAGAAGAAAACUGACAUGGAAAGUGAUUGCUUUGAGAAAGGAUACCAGAACAAGAAGAACAAUUGUGGGUGGCUUGUUGCUUUUGGUUUUGCUGUGUUCUCAAGUUUGGCAUCGUUGGCGAUGUUGUUCGAUGGUUCUGAGCAAGGCCAUUUCCUUCCUCCAACUUAGGCCAUUCCCGUUUUUUGCUUCUGGUUGUCCAUGUUGUUGUAGUCUCAGUUGUGGUUGUGGAACGAUGUGUCCGUUAACCAUUUUCCAGCAUUUUUUAGUUGGAUGUCGUUGAUUAUGCUUAACAGGUGAAGAUUCCUGUGUUUCUUGCCGCACCAUUCUAUUUUCUAGGUUCUGUUUUUUUUUUCCGCGCGUAUUACCUGCCCGACCCGUAGUAGCGUGGGAUGGAGUAUAGGUAUUGAGAUACCUGCCCCGUCUGACUCAUUGCCAUCACUAGUCAAGGUAGGUUGGGUCGAUGAGUGGUAUCCAUGCUUGCCCCGUCCUGCUUACCGCCCCAAAUCAGGCCAAACAAAUUGAGUAAAACAGGUCAGGUUGA